AUGUGUACUGGAAAGUGUGCUCGCUGCCUGGGGCUCUCCCUCAUCCCUCUCUCCCUGGUCUGCAUCGUGGCCAACGCCCUCCUGCUGGUACCUGAUGGGAAGACCACCUGGACGGAUGGCAACCUCAGCUUGCAAGUUUGGCUCAUGGGUGGCUUCAUUGGAGGGGGCCUGAUGGUGCUGUGUCCUGGAAUUUCAGCCGUCCGGGCAGGGGGAAAGGGUUGCUGCGGUGCGGGUUGCUGUGGCAACCGCUGCAGGAUGCUGCGCUCUGUCUUCUCCUCCGCCUUUGGGGUGCUUGGUGCCAUCUACUGCCUGUCAGUGGCCGGAGCUGCGCUCCGAAUCGGACCCAAAUGUUUAAUAGACGAAAAGUGGGACUACCACUUCCAAGAAACCCAAGGCGCUUACUUGCGAAAUGACACUCUUUGGAAUUUAUGUGAGGCACCACCUCACGUGGUACCCUGGAAUGUGACACUGUUCUCAAUUCUGGUGGUCGCCUCAAGUCUGGAAACAGUGCUGUGUGGAAUACAGCUGGUGAAUGCGACCUUUGGCGUGCUGUGUGGCGAUUGCCGGAAAAAGGGUGAAGUUCACUGA